AUGCUAGCAUGGUUAUUGGUCUUAGCUAGCGGGAUUCUCGCAUCUACAAACGGCGAGAGCUACCAUGAGGACCUUGUCUUACGCCCUUUACCCAAGAAUAAGUUGCUUUCCAGCUUCAGAUUCGUUGCUGAACAACGUGAUCCUCAGUUAGCGUCCGGAGAGUUGACAGAGUAUACCACUUUCCCGCGUUCCCUUGGACAGAUCAUGUCCCGCGCAAGCACCCAUGAGCUACAUUUGCGAUUUUCACAGGGAUGGUGGGAUGCAGAGUCCUGGGGUGUCCCCCCUGCCAAUGGCACGUACGCUGGAGGAGUUGGUGUGGAGAUGUGGGCCUGGGUAGCUGGCGAAGAUCUCGCCGAUGCUCAGGCCAAUUGGCAUAGACUCGCCCAUUCAUUGAGCGGGUUUUUCUGUGCUUCAUUAAACUUUCUUGACCAGACGGUGACUACGCAUUUGGAGUCCGAUGCUUUGCCGCGUUCAGGUGACUCCAGUGAUGAGAAUCUUUACUUGCUUCGUGGCGCUCUGCCCGCUGAGCCGGUUUGUACAGAAAACCUCACACCUUUCAUUAAAUUGCUGCCAUGUAAAUCCAGGGCUGGCAUUGCGUCACUGUUGGACGGUCAUCAGCUUUUCGAUUCGCAGUGGCAGACCAUGAGUGUUGAUGUUGAUCAUAUUGGCGACCGUUUGCGACUCACUCAGGUUGUGUCCAAUGUUAUUGAUGUUCCCCAUAUGCAGAGACGCCGUCGUGACCCUCUCCCUCGGCCGGAACCCUACGCAGAUUUGAUCUGCAAAGAGAGGGAAUGGUCGGCGGAUUACAUUUGUCUUCCAGACGAUCCUCGUAGUGCAAACUGGGUAAUUUCUGAAAUUUUCGAUAAAGAAUUAGCUCCGGCAUGCCCGCUGGCGGGUGAUGGACCUCAUGUGUUUGUUGAAGCCAGUGACAAUUGGACUGUUAAAGUAGGUGGAAACGUCACCUCGGGUAGCGUUUCAUUCAGUUUGGGCUCUGAACCUGUGGACCUAGUUUUGAGCUCUGAGGACGGGCUUGUUGUUUUGGAGAAUAAGGUGCCGGAUGUAUUUGUAGACCGAUCCUUUACGGGUUACGGCCAGCAGUCAGGUGGCUUACGGACUGUAUUUACAAACCCCCAUGAUGUCGAGGUUUCUUUGGUCUAUAUUGAAAACCUUCCUUGGUAUAUGAGGUUAUAUCUCCACACGAUGAGUGGAGAUCUCGACAUUGUUGAAGAUAUCAGCUAUACAUCUGCCGAGGACCGUACAAGGCCGUCCAAGGUUCAACUUCACAUCCGCCUCCCACCGUUGAGCCAAAGUUCGAUCGAAUACAAGUUCGACAAGUCUCUAUUGUAUAUUGAAGAGUAUCCUCCUGAUGCCAACCAUGGGUUUGAAGUUCCACCGGCUCUGGCUCUUACUUCUACAGGAUACUCUACUCGCACCACUUCGCUUUUGCUCAGUCUGGCUGUUCCUGACUUCAGCAUGCCCUACAAUGUGAUUAUUCUCACCUGCACCACAAUGGCAAUGUUCCUUGGGUCGUUCGUGAACCUUAUUGUCAAGAAGGUUGUUCCUGAACCACUGGGGGAGAAGAUUCUGGUCGAGUCCUCGCUUAAACGAAGAAUCCAAGCGUUUAAAACAAAAUUAAUUGGAAACUAA